CCUGCUCAUCCUACUAGUCCGGGCCGGAAGUUAGGUUGGCGUUGAGGGGGGGUCAGCUUUGACCAGCAGAGACGGUGACACUCAUGCAAUUUGUGACGGAGCCGCCGAAGUGAUGUCUGCGCCGGGGUUCUCCAACGUCAACGGCUCCUUCGGCUACAACCAAAAGCCGACGCCGAAUGGUGGAGCUAACGCCCCCCAUCAGAACGGUCCAAUUCAGACCUACACCCCCACGUGUCCACCCGUGGGUUACUAUGGAGCACCGCCGCAGCAGCAGAACUACCCUGGCAUCCCGUCACACUAUCCCAGCAAAGCACACACCAUGAACAGUGUCCAUAGUGCGAAUAACUACUACCAGAACCACCAUCAGCAUCCCCAUGUAGCACCCACCUCAACCAUACCCUCAAACUACCACUACGCCCAACAGCCAUUCCAGCAGCAACAUCCGCCCUAUGCCACUCCGGGAAGCUACUAUGGACAGCCGCCAUACCACGCGCUCCCAGCUCAGUGCCAGCAGCAGCCCACGUUGUUACCAGCCCCACCUAGCGGACCCGGGGCCCCCACCUACCCCAUCGUUUCCUAUCCAUCUGCGGCAGGGACCAGCCAAUAUGGCACUCUCACCUCCACACAGACCUUCGCCACGCCUGGAGCAACACAGUACAGUGCUCCCCAGCAGGGAUCCACGGCAGCAGCAUUGCAUCCUGGGUGCAGCACGGCCCCGCCGACUCAGAAUGGUCAAGCAAGCACAGCCCACCAACACUACGACCACCAUGCCUCUCGAAACAACGACUCCUUCAGCGGGGGUGUGAACGGAGUGCGACCGCCCUCGGCAUCCUCCUCUGCGUCAGUCCAUUCCUCGCCGGUCCGCGAUCAAGGCGGCCAGUAUGGAUAUGUUGCUAUUAGUGGAGAUAGGUCUACCUCUGCCACCACCUCAUGUCCGCCCGCUGCCCCCUUGUCAUCCAGCUCUGACGAUGAGGAGGAUGACAAUGAGGAGGAUGACGAGGAUGAGGAAGCAGGUUGGGACACGUCAUCUUCCACCACUGGCACUGCGUCUCCAGUGCCCAAUAACUGCGAUUCCCUGGAAGGAGGUGGUUAUCCAGAUUCCAUGCCACCUUCCGCCAACAUAACCAAUCAAGCCCCGCCUGACAAUAGCUAUGGUUACCCUGGCACGCAGCCAGACUAUCACCAGGGGCCUACCUCGCCGCUGGACCCGAUGUUUUCUCAGGACCAGCUCGGCCCUUCAGGGUACCAGCCAUUCCCAAGCCUGUCCCAGCUAUCUGCGGCCCUUGGGGGCUUAAGUGGGGUCCCAGAGCUGGAAGUGGAAGCCCUCAGGCCGAUCAACCUGCUGAAGGAGCAGAACUUGCUGCCCCCAAGACCCCUAGAGGCACCUGAACCCAACCUGAGCUCCGAGCUGAAGAAGGUCAACUGCAGCCCGCAGACGUUCCGAUGUACCCUAACCAGUAUCCCUCAAACUCAGGCUGUUCUCAACAAGGCCAGACUCCCACUCGGCCUCAUCCUUCACCCCUUCAGAGAUCUACAGCAAUUGCCAGUCAUCACAUCCAACACUAUAGUGCGGUGCCGCUACUGCCGCACCUAUAUCAACCCCUUCGUCACCUUCAUAGGCCAGCGCCAGUGGAAGUGUAACCUCUGCUACUGGGUCAAUGACGUACCGGAUGAGUUCAUGUACAACCCGGUCACAAGAUCCUACGGCGAACCUAACAAGAGACCAGAGGUCCAGAACGCCACCGUAGAGUUCAUUGCUUCUUCAGACUACAUGUUGCGGCCCCCUCAGCCUGCCGUCUACCUGUUUGUCCUGGACGUUUCCCACAAUGCAGUGGAGUCGGGUUACCUGAGGCAUUUCUGCAGCUUGCUCCUGGAGAACUUGGAUAAGUUGCCUGGAGACUCACGCACUAAGGUGGGCUUCCUCACCUUUGACAGCACCAUCCACUUCUACAACCUCCAGGAGGGACUGUCGCAGCCACAGAUGCUGGUGGUGACAGAUCUAGACGAUGUCUUCAUACCCUCUCAUGACAGUCUAAUGGUGAACAGGAAGGAGAGUAAAGAGCUUGUGAAGGACCUGCUGACCUCCCUGCCCGCCAUGUUCAGCCAGAGCAGGGAGACGCACAGUGCACUCGGCCCUGCCUUACAGGCCGCCUACAAACUCAUGUCGCCCACUGGAGGACGUGUCAGUGUGUUCCAGACACAGCUCCCCACGCUGGGUGCUGGUUUGCUGCAGUCCAGGGAGGAACCCAGCCAACGCAGCAAUGCAAAAGGAGUUCAGCACCUUGGCCCCGCCACAGACUUUUAUAAGAAAUUUGCACUGGACUGCUCAGGACAGCAGAUUGGUGUUGACCUUUUUCUUCUCAGCUCCCAGUACUCUGAUCUCGCCUCGUUGGCCUGUAUUUCCAAAUAUUCAGCUGGCAGCAUCUUCUACUAUCCCUCCUUCCAUCACAUCCACAACCCAGCCCAGCUGGAGAAGUUUCAGAAGGAUCUGGAGCGCUACCUCACCAGGAAGAUAGGCUUUGAGGCGGUUAUGAGAAUACGAUGCACCAAAGGUUUAUCCAUCCAUACGUUCCAUGGGAACUUCUUUGUACGCUCCACCGACCUGCUGUCCCUCGCCAACGUCAACCCUGACUCGGCCUUUGCUGUCCAGAUGUCAAUCGACGACUCUCUGGUGAACUCCUCUUUGGCAUGUUUCCAAGCAGCGCUACUCUACACCUCCAGUAAAGGAAAGAGGCGUAUCCGUGUCCACACCCUUUGUCUGCCUGUGGUUAACCAGUUGAGUGAUGUGUAUGCUGGUGCUGAUGUCCAGGCCAUUACUUGCCUGUUAGCCAACAUGGCAAUCGACCGGUCCGUAUCAUCCAGCCUGUCAGAUGCCCGUGACGCCCUGGUGAAUGCGGCGGUGGACUUUGUGAGCGCCUACAAGAGCAACGUCUCCAACCUGCAGCAGUCUGGCGUGGUGGUGCCUGCCAUCAUGCGCCUUUUCCCUCUCUACAUCCUCUGUCUGCUGAAACAGAAAGCAUUUCAGACGGGGACGAGUACACGCCUGGACGAGCGCGUCUUCGCCAUGUGCGAGUUCAAGACGCAGCCGCUGCAGCAGCUGAUGCGAAUGGUUCACCCCGACCUGUACCGCCUGGACAACAUGUCUGACCAAGGGGCGCUCCACCUUAACGAUACACUGGUCCCGCAACCUCCUCUGCUGCACUUGUCUGAAAAGAGGCUGAGCCGAGAUGGAGCAUUCCUCGUGGACUGCGGCAGUGUGUUUUACCUAUGGGUUGGCACACGCUGCAAUGAGAUGUUCAUCCGAGAUGUUCUGGACUACCCCAACCAGGCUUCAAUCCCCGCCAACAUGAGUUGCAUUCCUGAGCUGCAAACGCCGCUGUCGGAGAGGGUGCGAGCGUUCCUGGACUGGCUGCAGGACAACAGAGCAUUCAGCUCCAUCGUACACGUCAUCAAGGAUGGCUCCUCAGCCAGCGCAGUUGUCCUCCAGCACCUGGUUGAAGAUCGGUCCGAGUCGACAUCAUCCUACUGUGAAUUCCUGGAGCACAUUCAGCAGCAGGUGUGCUAGUAAGAAUCCCAUCAUUCUGGAUGGUUAGCAAGAAGACUGGUGUUUUUUUAGUCUGUCACUGAUUGGGCCGAGCAGGGUUGAGAAACAAUGAAGGACCCUUGACCGCUGACUCAUAGCUUCUCUGAGAUCGCUCAAGGGGACCAGAAGGGAAAUGGAGCCAAGGAGAUGCACCUUUUGUCAUAAGCUUCCCUUGUAAGCUCUAUAGUUCUGUUGUUAUUUUUUUUUUUUUGUUUUAGAAGAUUUUACUGAAAAUGUGACUGAAAACACUGGAGAGGAAAAGCUAUUCACUGGAGUAUGCAUUGAACAAACAUGGUUACUUUGAUUGCGAGCGAUGAGACCGUGAAGACCCCUCAUUUGCGCCUGACUUCUGACCGACCAUCCCUUUUCUGCCGCUUAUCGAAGGAAGGAAGUCCAGACUUACCUCUCCAUGGCCACUUUGUUCAGCUCCUCCCCGGCAGAUCCCAAGGCGUUCCUGGUCCAGUUGAGAGACAGUUUCUACAACAUCUCCUCGGUCUUGCCUGACGCCUUAUCCUGGUUGGACAUGCCCUGGACGAGGUGUCCAGGGCAUGGGAGGCUUCCAGGUGGCAUCUUGACCAGAUGCUUGAACCACGUAAUCUGUCUCCUCUCAAUGCGAUGGAGCAUCGGUUCUACGCCGAGCUGCCACCUUGGAGUCCACAGGCACUGCUUUCCCAUUGGAAGGUGUGUCUGGGGGAUUGAGGUCUUCUAAGUAUUCCCUCUACCAGUCCUAAACCUCUCAAGUCAAGGUCAGCACAGGAACAUGGCCGACUUUGAACAUGGCCGCAAGCGCUCUUGGGAGGUGGGAGUUGAAACUCCUCUUGACGAGGGCAUCUUCUCCCCCACCAUCGGUGCCUCACUCAAGUGUCCAAAAUAUAUGGCCACAUGUCUGAUGACACGACCACAAUGUCAGUCAUAGAAUUGCUGCCUAGGGUGUCCAUGCUGCCAAGUGCACAUAUGGACACUUGGCCUGUCACGAUAAAGGUCAGUAAUUAUGAGCUCAAAUUUGACCCCCGACAAUAGAUUAACAAUACACUACAUAACUCUGUGUGUGAGUUUUUAUUGUGUGUAAGUGUUUUGCAUUUUUUUUCUUAACAGAGACGUAUAGCGACGCUGGGAGUGCUUUGCUGUACAGUUUUUGAAAAAAAAAAAAAGUAAUGGCUGGAAGGCACAUGUUUAGAGUUCACAUAGUUAAUAUUCUGCAUUAUACGUUGGUAGUGUAUGGUCUGUUUUUAUCCACCUAUUUUGUUGCUGUCUGUGUGAAAUUCUUUUGACACCAGAUAUAGGAAUUAUGUGAUGUGGUGACUAUCCGCGAUUCUUAACUAAUAUGGUUCCUCAAACAGGAACACCACGCUUGAGUAUCAUCUAGUGGCUCAAAUGUGACAUGACGCAAUUAUGACAUGACAAUGAUUUUUGAAUGAUAAUCAUCAAUCAAUAGUAAUUCUUUAAAUUAUCGAAUAUAUAAUUAAUAGCAUAAUUAUCGACCGGCAAAAUGUGUUAUCGUGACAGGCCUAGUGGACACCCUUAUGCUUGAGCAAGGUGCUUGUUAUGGACAAUCUGUGACGAGCACAGAAUCCGAUUAACAAAGCACUGCUCGGAUUCAGAUCAGGGGGCCAUUCCUCCCAAUCACGCUUCACCAGGGCUUGUUGGACAACAAGGGAACCCCUGAGGGAGCACUUGCUACUCCCUCUUGGGACUCCAAACAUAGUGGGUAUUCUGAGAAUUGGACUGCUGAGGUCCCUGCCUUCGGCUUCCACCCAGCUCACUCUGCACCCAACCCCUUCAGCCUCUCCAUCGAGUGGUGCGCUCAUUGGAAGGGUGACCAUUGUGGCUUCUUUAGGGUAUGCCGGGCCGGGGCCCAUGGGUGCAGGCCUGGACAUCAGACUCUUAACAUUGUGCCCCACCUCCAGGACUUGCAUCCAGGUGAGGGAAAACUGUUCAAUGUUUUUUUUGUCUUCAUGGGGAUCUGUUGAGCCACUCUUUGUCUGGUCCCUCACCUAGGACCCUACCAGGGGCUACUUCUGACCAGUCAUUAACAAAAAAGAAUUCCCCUUUUUGUUUCUUUUACUUCUGUGACUAUAAAUGUAUGCUAUCCUCUUUGUAACUACUGAAAAUAAUCUUUUAUGUGGGAUAAUUUAUGAAACAGCUUAUUAAAUAAAAAAGACAAACCGAACCUGAUAGAUUUUUAAACAUUUAGUAUCCCCUUGGUUGUUUUUUUGUUUGUUUUUAAGGCAAUAGCUGCCAUUACAUCAUAACACUAUGUUCCAAUAGUUUCCAUUGCGCUCAUGUUCCGCCCUCGCUGCAUCAUUCACCCACUCCCCAAUGACCUCAUCACUCCUGCAGCCAUUUAAUAGAAGGUUUGACCUCAGCGCUUCAACGUUACAAGAUACACAAGCUCCUUUUUACAUAUGUAUCAUGUAAAAUAGUUUUUAACAUCAAAUUGCCAUUUUAACACGAAAUAUUUUAGUUUGAGCUAAUUGAACUUUUAUUAUGUAAAAUGGAGUUUUAUGUGAUGAAAAUCGAUCAACACUUUUGAGAGAAGACACACUCUAGAUCAGGGGUCUCAAACUCAAUUUACUUGGGGGCCACUGGAGCUAGGGUCUGGGCGAGACUGGGCCGCAACAGAAAAAUUAAUAAACUUUGCUUUGGUUUCGAUUUUCUACAAGAAAAGCGCUGAUAAAACA